UCAAUGUGGUGUUGCAGCAAGUUCACAGUCCACUGUGGUGAAAAACAAGGAAGUGUCAGCACGUCGGAGAUGGCGCUUCAGGCAGCUGGGAGUCGUUUGUUGCCCUUUCAGAGGAACUGUUUGAAGAUUUACUCCAGACAAACACUUGGACUUGUCAGAUUCAAAAGAACAUGUCCAGUUGAAGUGAGCCAUCUGGAUCAUUUGGUUCUAACAGUGAAAAGUGUACCAGACACCGUCAACUUCUACACCUCAGUCCUUGGCAUGGAGGUCAUUACUUUCAAGGGAAACCGUAAGGCCCUGGGUUUUGGGCAGCAGAAGUUUAACCUCCACCAGCUGGGUCAGGAGUUUGAGCCCAAAGCCAAGCAUCCGACCUCAGGCUCUGCAGACCUGUGCCUCAUCACCAAAACCUCCCUGAUUACAGUAGCUGCACACCUGAAGGUCUGUGGGAUCGAGAUAGAGGAGGGACCAGUGGAGAGGACCGGAGCUGUGGGGACCAUCACCUCCCUUUACUUCAGAGAUCCAGAUCACAAUCUUAUUGAGGUAUCAAACUACAACCAGUCAAUGCCAGAGGGAUCAUCUUGAGACGUCUUUUGUCUUCUUUGUGAAUGAAUCCAGCAUUUUCUGGACCUUUUGUGUACUGUCAGAAUUUAUCUAUGACAUUUGAAACCCAAAUGAAGGUAGUUAAAUGGCACAUGCACCAUUUUAAACCUGGAUAAUAUCAGUUGGCUGUGGAGAGACACUGUUUCUGAGCAGCUCUGCUGACCAGUGGCUGUUUUCUUCAAUAAUGCAUUGGAAAGGAUGCUUUAGUAUUCUUAAUUUGGAAUAAAAAGUUUAAAAAAACACCUGAAUAUGUACAGUAUUUUGUGAAGAGAAACUGAACUCUUAAAAGGACAAUUGCUGCUUCAGCUGAAAAUAAAAGAUUCUUCUGCACAUUAAA